AUGGCCGCCACCGCAGCGGACGAGUUCGUGAAGGGCCGCGUCUUCCCCAACGGCGUCGCCGUCAUCACGCUCGACCGCCCCAAGGCCCUCAACGCCAUGAACCUCGAAAUGGAUGUUAGAUACAAGGCACUUCUUGAUGAAUGGGAAACAGAUCCAAGUGUGAAGUGUAUUCUUGUGGAAAGCAGCUCUUCUCGUGCCUUCUCAGCAGGGAUGGAUAUUAAGGGGGUUGCCGCGGAAAUACAAAAAGACAAAAACACACCACUUGUGCAAAAGGUCUUCACAGCAGAGUACUCCUUGAUUUGUAAGAUACAUGAGUAUGCAAAACCUUAUAUAUGCUUGAUGGAUGGAGUGACAAUGGGAUUUGGAAUUGGGCUAUCAGGGCAUGGCCGCUACCACAUUAUUACUGAGAGGACACUACUAGCCAUGCCUGAGAAUGCUAUUGGCCUGUUCCCAGAUGUUGGCUUUGCUUACAUUGGUGCAAAAGCCCCAGGAGGGGGUGCAGUUGGAGCUUACCUUGGGAUUACUGGAAAAAGGAUAUCAUCACCUGCUGAUGCUAUGUUUAUAGGCCUUGGUACUCAUUAUGUACCUUCUGCAAAUUUGGGUUCACUCAAGGAAUCCCUCCUGAGUGCUAACUUCACCAAUGAUCCUCAUAGAGACGUUGAGUCAGUUCUGACAGGAUACAAGAAAGAACCAGAGUCUGAAUCACAACUAGAAAAGCUUUUGCCAUAUAUCAUUUCUAUUUUCAGUCCUGAUAAAUCAGUAGCUGAAUCUGUGGAAGAGCUAAAGAAAUGUAGUCAAAGUGGUGAUGCUGCAGUGGCAGAAUGGGCCAAUGAAGCUUUAGCAGGAAUUGAGAAAGGCGCUCCAUUUUCUCUUUGUUUAACACAGAAGCAUUUCUCUCAAGUUGCAUCAGCGUACGGGACUAGUGAACACUAUUUAUCUAAGCUGGCUGGUGUUAUGAAAUUGGAAUAUCGCAUUGCCUUGAGGUUGUCGGUUAGAAAUGAUUUUGUUGAAGGUGUACGUGCUGUUUUAGUUGACAAGGACCAGAAUCCGAAGUGGAAUCCAGCCACUCUGGAAGAAGUAGAUAUGGGCGAAGUUGAAUCAGUUUUUGAGCCAUUAGUUGCUGAGGCUGAGUUGAGUGUGUAA